AUGUUGGUCUCGACACCGAUCCUCCUCGCUCUUAGCACCUUCAUCAUGCACUCUCACGCAGCCUUGCCAAUCCGUCUCCUCACGCACAACAUCCGCUAUGCCACGACAGACCCCUUCGAUGGCGAAAAGCCAUGGACCGAUCGGAAGCCUCUCAUAAUCAACGAAUUCAAGUACAACACACUCUACAACGCCGAAUCAUUCAUCUGCCUCCAGGAAGUCCUCAACAACCAAAUAACCGACAUCAUGAACGGCCUCGGCCCCGACUGGUCCUACAUCGGCGUCGGCCGCGACGACGGGAAAACAAAGGGCGAGUACAGCCCGCUCAUUUUCCGCAAGGCCGUCUGGGAAGUCGAGUCGUGGAAGACCGUCUGGUUGAAUGAAGACGGCAGCGUAGGCAAGAAAGGCUGGGACGCGGGCAGUGUUCGCAUCGUGACUGUCGGGCACUUCAAGCACAUCGCCAGCAAGAAGAAGGUCCUAGGCCUGUGCACGCACUUCGACAACUCCGGCGCUGUUAGUCGACGGGAAAGCGCGAAGAUCGUCGAGACGCUCAUCAAGACGGAAAGCACGCGUGAUGGCACCGCCGUUCCUUACUUCCUGGGCGGAGAUCUGAAUAGCGAGACGUCUGACGACGCGUAUCAGAUUCUUAAUGCCAGUAACUCAACGGUCAGAGAUGCGAAGGAGUUAGCGGCGUGGAAUUAUGGGGAUAAGUAUACGUUCACGGGGUUUGAUGACGAGAAGGUUGUGAUUGACUUUGUUUUCCUGGGGCCAAGGAGUAGGGGCGAUUGGGAGGUGAAGGGGUACAGUGUGCUGCCGAAUAGGGCUGUUGUUGUGGAUGCUGUGUUGAAGGUGUAG